AUGGAGGCGGCGCCGACGACACAGGGGAACAAGGCACCGGCGAAGCCAGGGGAUGUCUUGUCGAGAGAAGGGGAGGAUGCGGCGGGGACUUCAGCGGGGGCGGUCGAAGAGGCGAUGGAGGAGGCGGAUAUGGAUGAGGAGGAGGCGAUAUUGCCGGGUCAGGUUGUAAUGAAAGAUCGAAUGCUGGUCAGAGUCGGGUAUCAUCGAGAGAUCAUGACCCAUUACGACGAAACUAUACAGCGAAGGAAACCUUGCUCGAGGCAAGAACCGCUGGAAGAGUAUCUGGUCGUCUGGCGCAAAAACCAAGUCGAGUUCUACCAGGACUGGUCCACACCGUUCAAGGAGCGCAUCAAAGGCUACAAACGACUCUGCUACAUCGUUCCCCUCUCUCCCACCCGCACGCACAUGUCCAUCUUCAACGAAGCCGACAUGUCCAUCUGCCUCACCACCUCUGCCGACAAGCUCGCUCACGAUAUGCACCUCGUCCUCGACUCCAAAACAACGCGGAGUACGACCAUGAAGGACCGUGUCAAGCAGUCCAAGCAGGCGAAAUGGCUUCAGAAGGGUCGAAAGGGGACGCACGUCUUUGUCCUGAAGAUUGCGGAACGGUCUCGGGCGAUGGACUGGUAUUGGGAGAUGUGGCGAGAACUGGGCGGCGAGCUGCCAGGGCGGAUGGACAUCAAUAUCCCGUCAUUCUCGACUACGGUACGCCUCGCUCUACCGGAGGAUGAGGACAUGGUUGGCUCGAAGGCAACCUGUCAGGCCUUCAGUCCAAAAGAAACAAUCAAGACGAGCUAUGAGAUGAUGGCGGAGGCGGUGGACUUUGAUGCGCUAGUCCAGCAGAGGUCGGAGCAGAGUGGGGAGCUGGAUCUGAAGCUGGCGUGGAAGUCGAUCGAUGGGAAUGUGGAUUGGGUCGCGUGGGAUACGACAGUCCAGGGGAAGAGUCGGGAUUGGGCGCUGUUGAGCGGGUUGGCAAAGCAGCAGGGGGAGAAGCAGCCGAGUGUGUUGCAGAUCCGGCAGGCGAACCAUCGCCCCAGAUCGCUCCGGCUGGAAGAUGGGAGUGUGCUGGAAGAUCCGCCGGGGGUGGAGGGGUAUCUCGUCCGACACACCGGUGGAGCGACUGCAAAGGAGCAGGUCUACCUGUCUGUGUAUGAUGGCUGCGCGUACAUCAGCCUCAAAGCCAACGCUUACCCGCCACUCGUUCCCGCUAAAGAGGGGAGCACACCAGCCGAUCUCUUCCCGGACGUCCAUCACGAGCAUAAUGAGGUCGAACGCCGCCGGACCUCGAGCUUCAUCGAGCAUUCCACCGGGCUGGUCGACAUGCGCGAUAUGGAAGAGGUCAGGAUGCACACUCCAGAGACGGGCGUCAAGACUGCUAUUCAGCUCAAGCGGCCCGAGCAGUGCUUUGAUGUCCGGCUCACCGGUGGCACGAUAUCGACCUUUGAGGCACGUUCGGUCGCUGAUGCGGAGGAGUGGGUGGAGAAGCUGAAAGAGUUGGCGUCGUACUGGAAGAGACGGCAUCGCGUGGAUGCCAGAGGGAGAAUGGACGCGACGGCGCAAAGUCACGGCAGUCUCUUUGCCGGGACUGAGCUUGACAAGGGAUCCGAUGCUCUACUAUCGAACGUCUGGGACUGGUGCGUCAUCAAGGGAUGCCGACCUAUCACCAUGACCGGGCGCCUAUUCGUCAGAAAGGGAAAGUGGACAAAGUACCGCAGAUCCCGACUGAUGGUCCUUACCGGUGGCUGCCUCAUCGCCUUCAAAGUCAAAGCUGAAGAUCCCGUUCACGAACGCAAGCAGCGAUACCCACUCUUCGGAGCAUAUACCUUCUCGGGGAUGUUGGCGCAAGAAGAGGUCCACGAAGGAGGGCACCAGUCCGGCCUCGCCUCGCAAGCCCGUGUCUACCAGGACGGCCUUCAAAGCACCGACGGACUCGAGGAUCGCACUUUCUGCGUCAGGCUAUCGGCCAAGCCGUCCACAUGGGGCCAUAGCCGCACGCAGCCAUGGGAGCGGAUGGCGGAUAAGAAGUGGGCGACGGUUCCCCUGUCCCAAGCGUCCCCUUUUACCCUCAUCUUUCGAACGAGAUCCAAGCUUGAGCGGGACAGGUGGAUCUGGGCGAUCAACGCUGAGAUGGAGCGGCAGGUCAGGGAUAACGUUGAGGUGGAAGAGGCGCACCGGAAUUGCGGGAAUGUGCCAUGA